CUAAGCAGCAGCAAAAGCAAACGCAAAAGCAAAAGCAGAGCAGCCGUAGCAAGACCAAGCAUAACAACAUAAGAACAAGGCAAAGAGAAUCCCUCCCAAAAUAAAAUCCAACGGGGCAGAAAAACACAACGUACAACAAGAAAGGAAAGGAAAGGGAGAAAAGAAAGCCAUGGGCGGUCGCACGGAACCCAACAUCGUCGUCACGGGCACCCCCGGCGUCGGCAAGACGACGCACUGCGAGGUCCUGGCCGAGCGCACAGGGCUCAGGCACCUCAGCGUCAACCAGGUCGUCAAGGACAAGGGGGCCCAUGAGGGCUGGGAUGACGAGUUUCAGAGCUGGGUCGUGGAUGAGGAUAAGUUAUUAGACGCCAUGGAGGAUGACGCAGCAAAGGGCGGAUGUAUAAUCGAUUGGCAUGCAUGCGAUCUGUUCCCUGAACGCUGGGUCGAUCUCGUGGUUGUGUUGAGGACGGACUCGACGGUGCUCUAUGAUCGGUUGAAGUCAAGGAAAUACCCAGAGGCUAAGCUACAGGAAAACCUUGAUAGCGAGAUCAUGGAGGUCCUACUGCAGGAGGCUAGGGAAUCUUAUGAUGAGCAGAUCGUGGUGGAGCUCCAGAGUAAUGAUUCGGAUCAGAUGGAGCAGAAUGUUGAUCGGAUUGAGGCUUGGGUGAAGCAAUGGAAGCAGGACCACCCGGAAGGGCAGGAGGCCGGUUGAGGUUAGACAUGGUCCGAGAAAUGAUCAAAUGAACCAUUGCAACAGGCCGUAC